AUGUUCAAGGAUAUCUUGUCGUAUCACCAUCAGCAGUUUAUUGCCCCGCCUCUUUUCUUUGUACCAGUAGCGUCUCCUAUGUAUCUAGAUGAGGCAGUCAGAGGGCAGCAGGGCGCACGGGGCGCACAGGGCAGUAGGGCGCACAGGGCAGCAGGGCAGCAGGGCGCGCGGGGCGCAGCAGGGCUGCAGGGCGCGCGGGGCGCACAGGGCAGCAGCAAGGGCUGUAGCGGCAACAGCAAGGGCUGUAGCGGCAGCAGCAGGGCAGCAGGGCGCACAGGGCUGCAGGGCAGCAGGGCGCACAGGGCUACAGGGCAGCAGGGCGCGCGGGGCGCGCAGGGCUGCAGUGCGCGCAGGGCAAGCAGGGCAGCAGGACAGCAGGGCGCGCAGGGUUGCAGAUCCCCUCCCCCCCACCACUGCACCUGCAAUCCCCUCCCCCCCACUGCUGCUGCAGAUCCCCUUCCCCCACUGCUGCUGCAGAUCCCCUCCCCCCCACUGCUGCACCCGCAGCAGGGGGAUGGAGGAGAAGUGGGGGGGGGGGGGGCUGGGGGUGCGGCAGGGAGAGAGAGAGGAGAAAAGGGCGGGGGGGGGGGGGGCGGGGGGGGGGCUGAUGCUGCAAAUCCCCUCCCCCCACUGCUGCUGCAGAUCCCCUCCCCCCCACUGCUGCACCCGCAGCAGGGGUGGAGGAGAAAAGGGGGGGGGCGGGGGGGGCUGGUGCUGCAGAUCCCCUCCUGCCUCCCCCUGAACCUCCAAGCUCCCCCCCCCUCCCAACACAGGGGGGAGGGGGGGGAGGGGGGCGGGGGCGGAGCUGCGCGUGUGACUGCAGGGCACGGGCAGGAAGUCAUCACCCCUCUUGCCAUAGCUAGGGGCGACGAGGCCAGGGCGCUGGGCUAG